AAAGUUGACUCAAUAACAAGAUAGCAAGAUAUAAAAAUGGAAGGAUACGAAAACACGUACUUAGAUAAUGAAGAUCUAGUACAUUAUCAACAACAGCAACAGCAACCUCAGCACCAUCAAUAUAUGGAAGAACUUGAACAGGAGGAAGAACCAGCAUCACACCCUAUAGUGGAUGAAGCUGAGUUACUAGCAGCCCAAGCCGCUGCUGAAGCAGCAGCAGCCGCACAACAGCCUAUGGAUGCCUUCAAUAAUGUUGCUCAGGGGUUAACUGGGAAAUAUCGUGAUAUGAUGAUGCAGUAUUGGCAAGAAACCAUUAAUUCUAUUGAACAUGAUGAACACGAUUUUAAAAAUCAUCAGUUACCGUUGGCUAGAAUCAAAAAAGUAAUGAAGACAGAUGAAGACGUGAGAAUGAUUAGUGCCGAAGCACCAAUAUUGUUUGCUAAAGGUUGUGAUGUGUUUAUUACUGAAUUAACCAUGAGAGCUUGGAUCCAUGCUGAAGAAAACAAGAGAAGGACAUUACAGAAAUCCGAUAUCGCAGCUGCUUUAACCAAGAGUGACAUGUUUGACUUUUUGAUUGAUGUUGUUCCUAGAGAAGAAGAGAAACCAAAGAAGUCAUACCCUCUGUCAAGGACAAAUGGGUACAAUACUCAUCCUGCUGCAACCCUGUCGUCCUCUCAACAACAAGAACAAUUACCACCACAGCACCUACCACCACCAACAGUUGAAUCCGAUAUUGUUCACGAACAGCAAAUGUUACAACAACAGCAACAGGAGCAACAAAAUGAACAUCUUCAAUCACAGCCAGUUUCUCAUCACGCGUCACACCACUCAUCCCAUCAACCUACUCCUCAGCCUACAUUAGAACUGAUAUCUCAAGCACCAGUUCCAGCUAAUGGUGGAUCAACUCACCAAGUAGAAGAAAGUAGAGAUGGUCAUUAUCCAAAUUUCAAAGUAGAUUCAUAUCAAGCGAACUACUAAAGUUUACUGAGGGAGAGGUAAGAACAUUGGAUUAUACUUGUAAUAUUAAUUGUUUUGUAUACUAGAGUAGUUUAUCGUAAUACACUUUAAAAGUUUGGUACG